CGUUCACAAAGACUGCCCUUUGGAAGUUACAAAUUACCUGCUGCAUCUGAACGGCGGGUUCUGCCCUGCCCGCGUCACUGUGACCAUUGUUGCGACCGACUUCUGCAUGUUGCCUCGUCCCAUCACUGCCACCCACACUAUCUGGACUAUCGACGAUGCCUUAUCUCUCUGAUUAUCACUUGACUGAUCUGGAUACCAACUUCGACCCUUCUCCGCUAACAUUCUCCACCAGCCCUUCUCCCAGUCCCCGUACCCCAGACUCGAUUGGAGUGCUGAGCAAAAUGCCUCCUCACAGCUACCAACCUCGCCUCGCCCGCAAUACCAUUGAUGACUCCGAAGACGACGAAAUCAAGCAGGACGCUCUGCGUGAGCGAAGCAACACGCCGCCCCUCAAAGUCGAGACUAGGGUGAUACGAGGAACAUCAGAGGACAUCACCCCUCCUCGCCCUGAUAACUGGACAAUGUCACCAAGCCCUGAUUUGAGCACUCCAAGAUCUCGGCGCCUUCGUAUGACACCUACCCGGAGUCAAGCAAAACCUCCAUCAACGCCUCGCCUUGGAAAUCCUCGAGCUGCAAAAACUUCCAUGAAUACUCGUGGCAGUCAAGACAAGACUGACAGUCAAGCCGACGGGCGGGACACACGCAGUGCUACGAUCGGACGUGACAGCGAAUCCGCGAGGGAUCAUGAGGAGGGGGACAGAAGCACUAAUGAUACCGAUGCACAGCCAUCCACUCGCGCUUUGCGGAAACGGAACAUCAAUCAGGUUAUGCCCUACAAAUAUGACAAGCAUCAGCAUCAUUUGACGAGGGCGAUUGGAAAAACGGCCGAUGCCGACUUAAUCGAGGAAGCUGUACAGGACGAAAUUGAAUCAAGUCAACGACGAUCCACGAGGAAGAAACCGCGAAUAUCAGCUGGUAGCACGAAGAGCAACUCUAAGAACCCUUCUUCCAAGCAGAGCAACAACCAACGACGCGGUUCGCCUUCAGCCGCAUCAUCUGCCCGAAGUGAGAAAGUCAUUCUUGUCGGGCCCGAUCUAGCCAAAGUAACACUCAAGAUUUGGCUAGACGGAUUUUUGGCAGGUGCGAUUCCUACGACACUGGAAGAUUGCGACAGUCUUGAGGCGCUUAUGGAUUUUAUAACCACAUCAUGGGGAUGGGCCUUCAAUGGAGCUUCUUUUCAUCAUGCCAUUAUUUCUUUCCCGUGGCUCACUCAGGAUGCCAACAUCCUUCUGCGGCCUGAGUUGAAGCACACUUUCGAGAACAUGAUGAAUGAAGUCGAGAUUGCACCGGUUUGGGCGGAGAAGGGAGAGAAGGCCACGUGCGAGAUCAAGAUCCUGGUGUAUCUGAACGCGUCAAGCGCAAAAUGA